UGGGUGUAUGCCUUCCGAAAUGGACCAAAUACCGUGCUGUGCAGGACACAGUUAACAUCCUGAGGGCUGAGGGCUUCCACAUGCCUACUGUUAGUGAGAGUGAUGCUAUGUUCACGGCUGACCGUGCACCAGACUGGGCUGAUGGAGAGUGCUGCCAUCGCUGUCGCUCACAGUUCACCAUGAUAAGACGAAAGCAUCAUUGUCGUGCCUGUGGUCAAGUGUUUUGUGGGGAUUGCUCCAGCAAAUAUUCAACAAUUCCCAAGUUUGGUAUUGAACGGGAGGUUCGUGUUUGUGAAUCUUGCUAUGAUGAUAUAAACAAAUCCACACUUUUGGAUCCAGCGACCUGGGACCAAGAAAGCAGACCAACAGAAAGCCCACAACGGCCAGCUACCAACACUGCUAAGGUGGAAACUGAGGAGACUAGUAGUCCUAAGACCACCAAGACACCUGGUAAGAAGAGUGAAGAGGAGCUGCAGGAGGAGGAGGAACUGCAGCUGGCUAUUGCACUCUCCCGCUCAGAGGCUGAGAACAAGGAAAAGGAGAAACUUCGUGCAACUUCUAGUUUGUUGGGUGGUAAUUGGCGGCAGCCUUCACCUGCACCAGCUUCCCCAGCUCCGCAAAAUUCACAGGACAAGGAAGAUAUGGAUCCUGAACUGGCUCGUUACCUGAACCGGUCUUACUGGGAGCAGCAGCAGCAACAGCAGCAUCAGCAUCCCAUACCUCAACCACAGAAGCAUGCACAGCAGCUGGUUGACUCAGGCCGUACCCUUUCCCCAACACAACCAUCAGCUCCCACCACCGGUAACAAGAUGUUACUCUCACCAUCGAAACUAGAGCCAAUGAAGAUGAUGGAGAACUACCAAAAUGGAGAGACUGAGGAAGUGGACGAGUUUGUGUCCACUUUACGCACUCAGUUGGAGAUAUUUGUCAAUCGAAUGAAGAGCAACCAAAGCCGUGGGAGACCCAUAGCUAAUGACACUUCAGUUCAAACCCUCUUUAUGAACAUUACAGCCAUGCAUGCUCAACUUCUGAAAUACAUACACCAGCAGGAUGACAAAAGAGUGAAUUUUGAACGACUUCAAGACAAAAUUUCUCAAGUUCGUGAUGCUCGAGCAGCCUUAGAAGCUCUUCGAGAAGAACACCGUGACCGUGUGAGACGUGAAAGAGAGGAGCAGGAACGCUUGAGGCAAAUACAGAUGAUGCAGAAGCUGGAAAUUAUGAGAAAGAAGAAACAGGAGUAUCUUGAAUAUCAGCGUCAGCUUGCCCUUCAUCGCAUGGCAGAGAGUGAACGUGAAAUAUUCAACAAAGCAUCUGGGAUUGGUGCACCAGGCCCAAUGUACUCUGUUGGGUAUCCUGCAUAUCCAGGCGCACCAGGUCCUAUGCCAGGACACAUGUUCCCACCGCAACCUGAGGGUGCACCGCCUAACUCAAUGCCUUUCCAACCUCCUCCUGGCCAACCCCAGUAUCAGCAUCCUCCUGGAUGUGUGAUGCCUGUUGGACCAGGACCUACCCAACCAGGUUCUCAACCAGGUUACCAACCACCACCACCUCCAGAGUUCUCUCCAUAUAAUAUGCAAGGACUUGCCAGUCAGUUACCAAAUGUGAGUGGUGGUGGUGGUCCUGGUUAUCCAUCUCAACAUGGUAGCUCAGGGCAGACUGGUCCAGGUAUGGUACCUCCACAGAUGGCUAGCCAACCCACACUGCAAACUUCGGGUCCAGUUCCUGGUGUGCAGGACGACUUGAGUGGUGGAGCCCCACAAAUGCCACCACCACCCAAUAAACCACCAACACCACAAGAUCAACAAGCAGAGCUGAUUUCUUUUGACUAAAUGUUUUGUUUAGAGUUAUAAUCCUUACUCAACUUCUAUGUUGCAGACUAGUUGUCAGAAUGAUGGAAUAUGUUUAUUGCUUGUAAUAUAAUUACUGUAAUGAUUUAAAAUUCAACAGUACAUAUUCAUUUAAUCUGCUAGAGAAGGUUGUAUCAAUUAACAUGGCUUACAGUUUCCUAGAUGUAGCCCCCCCAAACAUGCAAUUAAUUGGAAACUUAACUUCUAAUGUACAAUGUUAAGCAAUCCAGUUAAUAUAACCUAACAAAAUUAUGAACAUAUGCUGUACUUGCAUAUUUAAUACAAGUGCAGUGUGUGGAAUGACAAAUUGUGAUGGUCUAGCUAGUGCAUUUCUCUUAUGGUAAGAGAAUAACUAUCAGGUCUUGCUUAAUUACUUAAAAAUCUAUCUCUUAUUUGAAAAUAUAUUUGGCCAAGAUGGCCUUUUGUUACUGUAUUAAGAAUGUAACUUGACAAACUACUUAUACCAUAUAACUGGGCGAUGCAACUUUUUGAUUAGGAUUGAAUUUACUGAAACAUAUACUGUAUCUGUAAUUUAUCCACUCAAAUCUUUCUAUAUUAAUUUUGGGAAUAUAAUGUGUAUACAAAGUUAA